AUGGACGGCGUUAGCACAGCCAUCAGUCUCUUUCAGCUACAUUCAACUUGCAAGAGAAUCAAGGAUGAUUUCGAAACUCAUCAGCUAAAGCUCGAUAUUAUUCAACUUCGCCUUUCUCGUUGGGGUGAAAUUGCUGGUCUCACUAUCACUAGCAACCCCAGCAAGAACGCGAGUGGGUAUACAUACGAUUUAGCUUCUAUAAACGAAAUUCUUGGUCAUAUCCAGGAUCGCUUAUUGAGCGCUCAGCGGGAAGCAAGAAGGUUACAGACAAAGCUAGAUGGAAAAAGUUCGCUGCCACUUGAUCCGGAAUCAUGCCUACCAACCGAUCUAAAGAAAAUUCGAGUCCGGUUUAUGGGAUUUCUCGGCAAGCGUAAAUGUCAGGCAUCCAAAGUCAUCGAAGGCAUUAAAUGGGAUCAUUUUGACAAGUUUGUAGAGAGCAUCUGCAAGUUGAUCGAUGAUCUUGAAAACAAAUUUCCGGAGAAUGACCGCGAGAAACUUCGCAAGCUCAGUGAUGAGGAGUGCAUGGGUAUCAGCAAGUCUAAUUUAGAGGAGCUCAAGGAAGUUGUUGAGGGGUGCGAUCCGUGGUUAGGGAGCUCUGUGGACGAGAAGUUGAACAAUAGUGGGGCAGGAACUGUCAUCAAUCAAUCUCACAAUACGGGUAGUACAGUUGGAAUUCACAAUGGGGACAACAAAGGGAUUAGUUAUGGUUACGGACGCGAUGCAUAG